AUGGGUGGUUGUGCCGGAAAAACGGUAGCGACCAAACCGGCUCCACAGCCAUUUCUUGAAGAAAUGAUGCCAAGGGCGAAGACGCCACCAUCCGCGCAAACGAAUUAUCCUUGCUUCAUUGCCUUAUUUGAAUAUGAAGCUAGAACCGAUGACGAUCUUAGCUUCAAAAAAGAUGAGGUGCUGGAGAUUCUUAACGAUACACAAGGUGAUUGGUGGUUUGCUCGACAUAAAGCUACAGGAAAAACUGGCUAUAUUCCUAGUAAUUACGUGGCCAGAGAGAAAAGCAUCGAAUCACAACCGUGGUACUUUGGUAAACUCCGACGAUUAGAUGCUGAAAAGGCGCUUUUACUGCCUGAAAACGAGCAUGGAUCGUUUUUAGUGAGGAAUUCGGAAAGUCGUCAAAAUGACCUGUCCUUAUCAAUUCGUGAAGAAGACUGUAUAAAACACUAUCGAAUUCGUCAACUGGAUCAGGGUGGAUAUUUUAUCGCAAGGCGUCGACCGUUUAGCACAUUGGAAGAGCUCAUCGCUCAUUAUAGUGUCGAUCCAGAUGGCCUGUGUGUGAAAUUGACAAAACCAUGUGUGAAAUACGAAGUACCACAAACAUCUACUUUCACUUACGACGAUCAAUGGGAAAUCGAUCGGCGCUCGGUUCUCUUCAUCAAACAAAUUGGGGCCGGUCAGUUCGGAGAGGUGUGGGAAGGUCGUUGGAACAGUACGGUACCAGUAGCCGUGAAAAAGUUGAAAUCGGGCACAGCAGAUCCGGCUGAUUUCCUUGCUGAAGCCCACAUCAUGAAGAAGCUGAGGCAUCCUAAGCUACUUACCCUGUAUGCAGUCUGUACAAAGGAUCAACCGAUACUGAUAGUGACUGAGUUGAUGCAGGAAAACCUGCUCACGUUCCUUCAAGGCAAAGGACGACAGUGCACACUGGCACAUCUCGUGGAAAUAGCNAUCGCUGCUGGAAUGGCGUACUUGGAGGAGAUGAAAUUCAUUCAUCGAGACUUGGCCGCUCGUAAUAUACUUACAAAAAACCAUUUGAAUGUGAAAAUUGCCGAUUUUGGCCUUGCGAGACUGCUUCAUAAAGAGAAUCAGUACGAGGCACGAGUUGGAGCACGGUUUCCAAUUAAGUGGACUGCCCCGGAAGCCGCUAAUUUCAAUCGUUUCACUACUAAAUCAGAUGUAUGGAGUUUUGGAAUCCUGCUCACUGAAAUCGUGACUUAUGGUCGGAUACCUUAUCCAGGUAUGACCAACGCUGAAGUACUGCAGCAGAUUGAUGCCGGCUACCGAAUGCCAUGUCCACAGUCCUGCCCAGUGGAGCUCUAUGAUCUGAUGUGCCAAUGCUGGCGUGCUGAACCUGAAAAACGGCCUACAUUUGAGACCUUACAGUGGAAACUAGAGGACCUUUUUAACAUAGACGCUUCUGAUUAUAGGGAAGCCUCAACAUCAGCUUAG